AGGGUUUGAAACAUGGCGGACGACGUGGACCAGCAACAAACUACCAACACUGUAGAAGAGCCCCUGGAUCUUAUCAGGCUCAGCCUGGAUGAACGAAUUUAUGUGAAAAUGAGAAAUGACAGAGAGCUUAGAGGUAGAUUACAUGCUUAUGAUCAACAUUUAAAUAUGAUAUUGGGAGAUGUGGAAGAAACUGUGACUACUAUAGAAAUUGAUGAAGAAACAUAUGAAGAGAUAUAUAAAUCAACAAAACGGAAUAUUCCAAUGCUUUUUGUCCGGGGAGAUGGUGUUGUCCUAGUUGCCCCUCCAUUGAGAGUUGGUUGAAACAAAGAA